UUGCUCAAAAACCCGAGCGGGGCCCCCAACGCUUAGUCGCUUUCGUUGUCACAGCGCUCUUUCACACAUAAAACCGUUGCCCACUCGCGCCUCAAAUUCAACAACCAAUAUGGCCACCUACGCCCUGCCGCUGCACCACCAUGGCAAGAGCAAGGUCCGCCUGGGGCGCGUCUGGCGCGACGGCAACGUUCACCAUAUGGUGGAGUGGAACGUGAACACUAUGAUUGACUCUGAUAUGGAGCACGCGUUCCUGAACGGUGACAACACGGGCAUGACCGCCACGGACACCCAGAAGAACACGGUCUACGUGGUGGCGCAGCGGAUGUCCCAGAAGUGCACAAUCGAACAAUAUGCGAUCGCGUUGGCUCAGCACUUUGUGCGCACCUACCCGCUGGUUAGCAAGGCCAAGAUCUAUGUGGAGCAGAAGCCAUGGACUCGCGUCCAGCAAUCGGGCCUGCCUCACGACCACGGCUUUGCGCUGCAGGGCACCGAGGUGCGCACUGUGUACGUGACCUACGACAAGGCCGGCACCCUGGACGUGACGGCGGGCCUGAAGGACCUGAGCCUGCUCAAGACCACGCAGAGCGGCUACGAGGGCUUCCUGCGCGACCAGUACACGCUCCUGCCCGAGACCAACGACCGCAUCAUGGCCUCCACCGUCACCUGCACCUGGAAGUACGCCGCCGCGCCCGCCUGCUACGACGCCGCCUACGCCGCCGCCAAGCAGGGGCUGCUGGACGCCUUCCUGGGCCCGGCGCGCGGCGGCGUGUACAGCCCCAGUGUGCAGUACACGCUGUACGACAUGGCCAAGAACAUCCUCGACCGUGUGCCUACGUCGGAGAGCAUCUUCCUCAACAUGCCCAACCUGCACUUCAUUCCCUGCAACCCCGUGGGAUCCUCCUUCAACAACGACGUGUACGUGGCCACCUCGGAGCCGCACGGCAACAUCGAGGCCGUCAUCACGCGCAAGGGCAUCGCGCCGCACUGCAAGCUGUAAGCAAAGUGGCGGCGAGCUGCCAGCUGUGCUGCACGGCUACAGCUGCUAGCUAGCAGGUAGCUAGCUGCACGGCGGUGGCGGAAGCGGCUGCGACGAGCGGCCGCUGGAGAUUAGGGAGCUGCAAACGGCGGUUGGGGAUGCAACGGCGGAUGUGGGCCACCCAACGUGGCGGCCGAGGGGCUUGUGUUCCCGUGAGCACUUGUGUGUGCGCGCGCCGCCGCCCUGGCGGCAAAGAGAAUUUGUUAGGCUGCUCGGAUAGGGCUAGUGCUGUCUCGCGUAGCGCUGUUAUUAUUGUCGGUUGGUGCUAUGCUGCGUCGUGCGGGCGCAUAGCACCAAGAUGCACAGCAGUAGCAGUUGAUUAGGUCUCUGAUGACUCCGGUGACAGUAACCGGUGAUCAGGGACGGGGCCUGGUGACUCCGGUGACAGCGAACCGGUGGCCAGGCCCCUCAAUGCAAAAGCACAGCGCAGGGGUGUUGGUGCUGGCGGUACUCGGAUGUCUCGAGCCGCCCGCAUGGCGCAUUGGAGUUGACGUGGCCUGGCCUGCGCGAGCGCACCUCGCAACCUGGAGGUGGUGGCGUCACGGCAGGCGGCAUUGCAAUGCGAGUGUAGCUGGGUUGGUGCAGCACAUGCACACAGCCAGGCGGCAGGAGCGGCCGAGAGAUACAAAGAGAGAGCGCACGCUGGUGGACGCAUCCAGGCGUUGAGUUAUAUUGAUGAGACCAGAUAGCGCGGCCUAGCCGUGUGUGUGGGCGGGGCCGCGACGACGCUGUCCAGAGAACAUUGCCGAGGUGGGUUCGGUGCGCGUGCCUCGGUGGCUUGGCCUGGCAGCUGAUGCGCCCUACCUUGUUGCAGCCGGCGCGCAUGCAUGAAUGAGUUCGGGAGUGCUUGUCCUUCGGAGCCCGGCGGCGGCGGCGGUCGGGGUGUGGUGUGUGCCUGCGGCCUUGCGCGGCGGCACCUAGCACCGGCCGUGCACCCGCCGACCGGUGCUUGUACAUUACCGCAACAAGUGUAUUGAUUUCUGGGGUGAGGCGGGUGUACGGUACGUUGGUCGGGGACGGAGUGUGUGUACAUCAGACAACCGGCUAGGAGUCGACGUGGGGUAGCUGGCGUGUAUGUAGUGCUGAAGGAACGCGGUGCAAAUGCGUGCCCUAUCGAGGGAUAUGACAACUGGUUGAUGGUCCGUCCUCCUCGUGACGUUGCGAAUGAGUGGUGCUUCAGGUGUGAUGCUCAGGGGAGUGACCCGUGAAUUCGAAGGGACCACCUGUAAUACUCACUGUGC